UUUUUCUUGCUAAAUGUGGAAAUGUUGUCCCGGUGUGGCGAUCGUCGGCUGAGAGGGUUUUCGAAUUGAUGGCUAUGAGGGUAGAAUUUAGAAGGUGGGUGUUGGGCUGAUAGCUGUAGGACUGCUAGUAUUAUGCCGGAUUAGGUACUUAUGAGGGUCGCUGUUUCUUACUGCUUCAGAUGAAGAGCGUGAGUUGAGCCAUCAGGCGAGAAAAUUCUUGGGGAUCUUGGAUAUUUCUGUAAUGGGUAUUGGGGUUAUGCUUUUCUUUUGAUCAGCGUAUUUUCUUUUUGUAUUGAUCGUGAGUGUUUUGCGGUUGAGCCCAACAAAGCGAGAAGAUUCGCGUACCCGAGCCCACUUUGUGCGUGUAAAAGCUUGGCUCCUUGUUGUUAUGAACGUUUUAUGAUUGCUGUGUUCGCGAUGUUACGAACACGACAGAUUGGUGAGGUUUGCUGGAAUGUGAUUAUCUAAAUGCUUGAUUUCAUGCUUAUGUAACUUUUGUCUAUCCAUGCUGCGUCAUCUGGGACCUUUAGUUUUGACCUGUAAUUGUCCACUUCUUCGUUCCAUCUGUUGAAAUAACUUCUAUGCAACUUACUUGAAAUGGAUGCAAGGAGAAUUACAUUUAGAGUUAUGUGGAUACAACUGAAUGAUAGGGAUUUCUCAAAGGUGGUUAUAACUAUCAGAAAGUAACCAGAUGUGCUUAGUCAUCCCCAUCGUACUUGUGAAGUUCCAAUUGCAGCUUUUACUUUGCAAAAUUUCAAGUAUCCAUGCUUUGCCUUGUUACACUACUUUGUCAAUUAAAUAAUUUCCCCUAACCUUUUUUCUCCUGGGACAUUGCCUUUACUUUUCUUCUGCUCUUUUCCAGAUUGAAAAUCAUCUUGGUCGUGGGGCAUUUUCUCAAGAGACAAAAUUAAAUUGAAGUCAAGAUCAUGUGUCCUCCGGCAGUUGAACCUUUGGCUGAUAUCAAAUAUGGUUGUUCUGAUGAGGUGCUGUUCAUGUUGUUGGAGUUGAUUAUAUAUGGACAUUCACUUCCUGGGAACGUAAUCACUGAAUUAAAUCCCUACUGCUAUCGGCCUGAAAAUUUACCAGAUGGUAUGUGGUACUUGACAUGUUCGGAGGACAGUAAAGUUACAGAGCAUGGAAUCUGGAAGCCCAAAGGGGAUCCCCUUAGGGUACCUUUAAAUUCCUCCAUUAGCGGCUGGAAAACAACUCUCGAAUUCUGUGAGCUACGCGCUUCGGAGUUUUCUAAAACCGAUUGGAUAAUGCAGGAGUACAAAAUAACAAGGAAUGGGUCAAAUUGUGAAACCAGGGCAAAGGGAGCCAAUUCACUUUGCAAAGUUUUCCGAGAACAUGUAUACCUAGUUGACCAGAAUGCCCAAACAUUUGAUGGUUCUGACAUUUCUAGACGAAGCAACAACCUGUCAACUGCUUCGCUUACCAUUACCUCCAGGAGCAAUACUGAAAAAGGAUCCACAAGCAACCACCAGGUCGUGGCAGCAGAUGUUCCUCAGAACCAUCCUAUGGAAGAUCUGCAUGCAAAUGUUGAUGUCGUGGAUGACUUCUUGGAGCUGCGGGAUCUUGAUAUUCCUCAGUCACCUUGCUCUAGUUCAGACAAUUCUAGUUGCAUGACCAUGUCAUCAGAUGCAUGUUUUGAUGCAUUGGCCCUUUUGCAAGACAUUGAGGCUGAACAGCUCCAAGAGGCGGAGCAGAAGGAUGCGCAUGCGAAGUUAAGUGUAUCAACUGUUAAACCAUCCAAUGUGGUUACACAUGAAGUGACUUCAGGAUCAUUUACUAGUCAUGAACGGGAAGACAUCCCCAAAACUGGUUCCUCUCUGCUCGAUACAGCUUCAGCUAUAAGAAGUAAAGCAGUGGAUGGAAGGAAUCCGAAGCAUGUAGUUGGCGAUGGGAAAAGCCAAUCUGGUUGCGAAAAUGUUGCAUCCCGUGCAUCAACAAGUGAAAAUACUUCAGCCUCGGAAAGGAGGAGAAGGAAGUCUCAAAAGAAAACCAAGAUGUUGAAGAAGUUGUGCUUCAUACCAUUUCAGUUCCUGUGCUGAUCCUUAGCCCUUUAGAGUUUUCUUUUCCUGCCAUUUAAUCGUAUAUCCGAGAGCACAGCGCUCUCCAUAUGAUUAUGAUUGGAGCGGAAGCAAUAUCCAGGGAUAGGUAUACAAAAUGUUCUUUAUGCUGAUCUGAGAUGUUCGAUUGAUUUGAGAGGUUAGGCUACAUAGGGAAGAGGAUACAACCUGAUUGAUGGCCACAAGGUUAGGGUACAUAGGGAAGAGGAUAGAGUCUGAGAUGUAAUGUAUGUGUGAAUGAUGGAAAUCAGUUAUUUCCACUUACUUGUACUUAGUUUACCAUUGUCAAUUACAAAUAUUACUAGGAUUGGUCUGUGUUUAUUGUACUGAAAGGUCGUGUAUUGAGGUCGAAAGGAAGUAGGAAACGUCAAUUUGCAAAACAUCAUCGGCAAUUUUUAACAUGGUAUCUUCUAUUU